GCAACUCCCUGCGCCUCCUGGACCUGGCGCUUCUACCCUGGACAGCGGGACAGUAGUCUAUGAGAUUUCCCACGAUCACGUUAGCAUUGCACCGUGGAGAAGAGGAGAAAUUAAAGGGCUUCAGGGGGGUCGGUGGACAGAGGUGGAGAAGAGGGCGGGGCCACCUGAUGAUGACGGGGACCCGAGCCGAGGAGCUGCCGUGUUUCUGUUUGAGAGUAAGCGGCUAAAGUCCACUUGGAUCAUGACGAGCUGGAAACGCGUGGAUCCUUUUUCCCCCACUGAGAACCAAGACACGCAUCCAGGGAUAAGUGGUGUCUGUUAAUGGAGCCGUCACCACUGCGCUCCACUGUUCAGGUCCAUAGACACUUGGUGAUUGUUUCGAUGAAGCCCUUUCUGUGAAUGAAUGUCACGGGGUCAGCAGGCGUCUUCCCUCCUCUCUGCUGCACAUUUAAAGGACCCCUCGCUGAGAGAAACGAGCAGCAGCCCGUGAGCAUUUGUCUGAAGAGGUGAAUGUCUGCAGAGUUAGAGCAGAGUUUCUACCCUAACAGACGCCCGGCGGCGAUCCGGGGGGUUCACUCCAUGGCAGCGAUGCUGCUGUUGCUGACUUUUUUCUGUCCAGUGGCGGUGGGUUUCCCGUUCAAAACGCCUCUGGAUCUGGACGUGACUCCACGGGUCACCGUGCUGAGGAGCGGUCUCCAGGGCUGCAGGCGCUUCAGGUCUUCUGCAGUCAACUACAACGCGCUGCUGCUGGAGGCUGACAGGGAGCGGCUCUACGUGGGGGCCCGGGGGGCCGUAUUCGCUCUGAAUGCCUCUGACAUCUCAGCCAGCUCCGCUCUCACUAUUGAGUGGGAGGCCUCCGCUGAGCAGAAGCUUCAGUGUCGGCUCAAGGGAAAAGACAAUAAGACGGAGUGUUUUAAUCACAUCCGCCUCCUGCAGAGGUUUAACUCCACUCACCUUUACAUGUGCGGGACUCAUGCCUUUAGGCCCCUCUGUGCUUAUAUUAAUGAAAAGACGUUUGCUAUGUCCUCUCAGCCUGAAGACGGCAGAGAUAAAUGUCCUUAUGGACCAACGACAGGUUACACUGCUCUCAUUAUAGAUCAGCAGAUAUACACAGCUUCCCAGUAUGACUUUUGGAGCUUUCCGGAUAUUCGCCGAAACUCUCCAUCUCCCGCUCUGAAGACGGAGGAUGCUCCCACACGCUGGCUGAACGAAGCGGACUUCGUGGGUUCGGCUCUCGUGAGGGAGAGUCCGGGCGGCAGCAGUGGAGACGACGAUAAGAUCUACUUCUUCUUCACAGAGAAGAGCCAGGAGCAGACGGCAGCGUACAGCCACAGCAGGGUGGCGCGCGUGGCCCGGGUCUGUAAGGGAGACCGAGGAGGUCAUCUGACUCUUCAGAAACGAUGGACGUCCUUCCUGAAGACCAGACUGACUUGCUCCCUGCCCGAGUACGACUUCCACUUUAACAUGCUGCGCAGCGUCUUCGUGAUGCAGGGCCUUACCCCACGGGACACAGUCUUUUACGGCAUCUUCGGUCUGGGGUGGAAAAACGUGAAGGCGUCUGCAGUGUGUCGGUUCUCUCUGCCCGAAGUCCAAGAAGCCUUCCGAGGACCCUACAUGGAGAACCAGGACUCUGGCUCCGACUGGAAGGAAUAUGUUGGAAAAGUCCCCGACCCGAGGCCUGGAACCUGUAUUACUGACAAUCUGAGGGCCAAGGGCAUAAACAUCUCCACGUCCCUACCUGAUGACGUCCUGGAUUUUGUCAGACGGCAUCCUCUGAUGUCCCAGCAGGUCCAGCCUGCAGACAGACGUCCCCUCUUGUUCAGAAGGACAACAGACUACACACAAAUGGCAGCACACACGGCCCAGGGACUAGAUCAACAGAUGUACCACGUUUUAUACAUGGGCACAGAUGAAGGCUGGUUGCACAAAGCCGUAGACAUCAAUGGUCAACUGCACAUUAUUGAAGAGCUGCAGCUGUUUGAGGAACCAGAACCUGUCAACAAAGUGCUACUAUCUACAGACAAGAUGAGCGUGUACAUUGGCUCGCCAUCAGGGGUCGUUCAGCUGCCGCUCUCUAACUGUGGAAAGUACACUUCCUGCUACGACUGCGUCUUUGCCCGGGACCCUCACUGUGCCUGGAACGGUGCCGAGUGCGUGGACGUGAUGACCCGGUCUAACAGAUCCACUUUAAUCCAAGACAUCCAGCAUGGCAGAAUGGGGUGUGAGAACUCAGGAUAUGAUGUGGUCCGGCGGAGCCGCUCUGUUCGGGUCGGCGACGACGUGCUCCUGCAGUGCGAGCUAGCCUCCAACCUGGCGACCCCCUUUUGGACGCUGGACGGCCGCGAGGUGCAGGGCUACGACCUCAACUCCGGCUUCAGAACAGGGACGGACGGCCUGCUGAUCAUCGAGGCCCGACAGGACCAGAGCGGCCUCUACACCUGCCACGCCGUCGAGAACGACGUCAGGGUCGCUGUGGUGACCUACAACGUAACCAUCAGCCUGGACCUGCCGCCUCCUCCUCCACCCACACAGCAAACGCGCAACCUCUUCGCCUCGGAACCGGCUCCAUCAUCCGAGCGCCCCCCAUCCGACGAGGCCCGGCCGCUCCUCCUGCUGUCCCCCAGGAGCAUGGAAGCCAUCUACCUGUCCCUCAUCACCGUCCUCGGGGCGCUGUGUGUGGUCCUCACCGUUGUCCUCGCCUAUGUGGGCUUCUGCUUGCGGGCGGGCCAGCGAGGGAAAUACUCCCUGCGUGCCGCGGCCGCAGCGCACCCGAGCAGCAGGAGGAGCGGCAGGGGCAGGAGACAGCACAGAAACUCCUCCCACAUGGAGCUGAAGACCGUCUCAAGCCACUGCAACGGCGUCUGUAACGGAGCCCCCAAGCUGCACAACGGAGACGUGCAGGACGGAGGCUUCCUGCAGAUCGUCCCCGGCGAGGGGCAGACUCCAUCCAACAACGAGCCUCCUCCCCCGGCUCCUCCCCUGCCUGCCACCCCGCAGCAGACGUCUCCGGAGUGCGACUUCCCCAACGGGCUGUCCGCCACGCUGCCCAGCGUUCUGAGGAGGAUGAACGGCAACAGCUACGUGCUGCUGAGGCAGAGCGACUCGGAGAACACGUCGCCGCUCUCCCACACCUUCUCCGAGGAGCUCAACAGGAUCUUGGAGAAGAGGAAGCGCACUCAGCUCCUGCCCAGGCCGGACGAGAGCUCGGUGUAGACAGGUGCAGCUCUCCUGCUGACUUCGUGCUCUUACCCCCGUGCCUGUCGCACUGACCCAUCAAUGAAAGACUCUCUUUUCCACGAUUUACUUUGGAUUAUUUGUGACGGUUGAGUCUUUCGAACUAACGAGCCAUUUUUUUUUUAUUUAAUUAUCAUGUCUGUUGCUCUGAAUGACCAACUUUCCCCAGCAGACUAUAAAUGAAAAUGAAACUUCCCAGUGAAGAUCAGAGCCUGAAACAGGAAAAAAAAGAAAAAGUGCAAUCUACCUCAGUUCAACACUGCCUGAAGAGACAUGUUGUCGAGAGUGCAGUCUGCUCCGAGGGUCGGAGCUGAGAUGUUAUGGAUCUAGGAGGAGACGCGGAGCCUCGCGGGAAAAUAGAUGCAACUGAAGGGGGAAGUUUGACGCUAGGACAGCUAGCAGGGUUUGUCACAGAUGGGCUUUACGUUUUGGAAACUCGACAUUCACUAACUCUGGUUAUGGAUGGAAACUGAAAGGGUGAUUUUACCGUCAGACUGCCUUUGUAGAGGCUCUCAGUGUCUUUCAGCUGCUUCUCCAGUCAGCCUUCUAUGUCGUAUCCAAACUUCCCCUUCCCGCACGGCGAGGGAAUUUUACCAGCAGCCGGUGUGGCGUCUGCCUGUUGUGGCCAGAGACUAGCUGGACACGGAGGACGGCAGCAACGUGAGGCAACAAGCACAAUGAGAAACACAGGAGGAAUUUAAACAGUUUUUUUUUAACAUCACUUACAGUAAAAAAAAAAAAAAAAAAACUAUUAGUAAGAAAUUGUGAAUUAGCUAUUAAUGCAAAAAAAAUAACCUGUUUUUAUUUAGCUUCUGUGUUUUGAUAAAGAAAAUGUUGGUGAUAUAUUAUUGUUUACUUAAAUUAUUUAUCUGUGAAAGAUCAAAUUAGUAAUCGUCAACAGGCGUGGGCUGGUGUGAGAUUAUCACGGUUUGAUAACCUUGAGUAAAAAAACAACAACAGUUUCAUGGUAUCGUGGUGUUAUGAAACAAAGAUUUAAAAGAAAAGCGCACAACAGGACCUGCUCUGGGUUCAAUCAGCGUGUCAGCCAGCACGUCGGCUGCCAAAUGUAGUUUUGAAACAGUGUUACCUUCGUGACAGAGGUGCCUUUCACCUGGAUUUUAGCGCAAACGCACACGCGGCGUCUGCCAGGGACGUGUUCUGUUGUUUUAGUCGGUCGCGUACAUCCCCAGUUUUGUAAUGGUUGCCAAACAAGAAGAGCAGGAAGGUAACCUGAAAGCUCAUGCAUGCAUUGUUGAAUAUAAACACAAAGGGCACAGUUUUGCAAAGCGUUAAAUAGAUUCCCUAUAAUAUCUUAGAAGUAAAACUUGUGAGGCCGAUUUUGUUUGUUGGAGUCCUAUUCCCUGCCUCUCUUGAAGUGUCAGCGAUGCGUUGCUCUCUUCUCUGUACGUUGUCUAGCAGGGGAUGACGGGAAAAAUUUUGCAGUUUUAAGCUUUUUUCAAAACAUCGUUUCAUCUUGAUACCGAUAACCGGCCCGGGUCUAAGUUCUUACAUCAGUAAUAGGAGUAAAGGAAUUACAACAAUACGUCAUCAUAGGUGGGCAGUUAUUCAAACCCCUGGCAGAUUUAAGUCCACAGUUAUCUUUUUAUUUUACCGACAUGUUUUAUUCUGACCAGACGUAACAACCGGACCGGAGUCCUGACUGUGGCUUCUGUGGAGGGAGGAUUGUAGGGGGAUUGCUGUCAUGCCAAUAAAGACUUUUCCAUUCAAUAUUGAGGAGGGUAUAAAGAAUUUUAAACAUGGCGUUUUUUUUUUUAUGAAAUGGAAAUGAAAGCCUCUUUUUUUCCCCCAAAACUGAUUGAAAUUGAAACUUUUAAGAGAUUCUUCCCAUUUCCUACGAGAAACACAUUUCUUGAUAGACUUAAGAUAUAUGUUGAGACAAAAUCUGCCCAGGGUCUGAAUGAUUCAUUUGCUAACACAGUCAAAUGAAUUAGGGUCACAUGUGAAGUUCUUGACUUACGAUAAAAGAUGUGGUUUUAAACCUACCAUCAUUUACGCCCCCUUAUAUAACAAAAUGUUUUACUAUUAUUAAAGAAAACCAACUAAAAUGCAAAAAAAAAAAAAAUAACACCGAAUGAGCUGUUGGAUCUAGGAGAUGAUAUGAAAUUAAGCUCUGAACGAACUCGUUUUAGAUAUUUGAUAAUAUUUAAAAACGUCAAUGCACUUUAACGCCCAUUUUUCGCACCGUUUGACACAGUGAACCUAAAGCAAAACCAACGCCUGUCUGAACCGAGCCUGAACACACCGCUGAGGGACACCCAGCACAGAGAGACACACUGCGAGGCACCAGAAGCUCCCGGGGUUCCUAGUUGAGUUGUCUUACCUACACAGGGCGCUCUGCCAGUCAGCCACUUAAAUAUAUGGGCUGAGGAAUUAAAGAUCCCAGCAAACAGAGAGCAAAAUGUUUCUUGCUCUCCGCCGGGUUUAUACCCACUCGUAUGCUAACAGCCCUAUGAUGGGGCAGCUGUUUAUAGCUCAUGGAAUGGUUACGGGAUUCUGAUGCCUGAUAAAUGACAACACCUAGUCGAUAAGGACCCAAUUACCGCCUAGCAGCCUAACUAAUAAAAGGUAAUACACACUGCUGUUUCAUUUCUAGGAGUAGAUUACAUUUUGUUUAAGUUAUGACUCAGAUAAUGCGCUGUCAUCUCCGCGGCUCGAAGGAAAGAUUAAUACGUGGUGGAGUUUGACACAAAUACGGUCAUUAUCUCAUUCAGUCUUAUUACCCCUCUCGCUCAGCUUGUGCCGCGUCUUCUUCUGUCAGAGCGCAGCAUUAAUUAGGCGUUCGUCUUAUGACAAGUCGACCUCACCAGAGAGCAGGAGGAUCUCCCAAGAUGUUUUACGCUUUGCUCCGCUCUUAAGUUUCCAAUUACUUUCUCGUCCCCUCGGGCUUACAGUCUGGAGUUUUUAUUAUUCGAAAAAGAGAAACGUACACACACGACUCCCCUGGAAAUGUGCAUGCAGCAAACAAAGAUCUUAUCAGUCGAUCCUUGCGUUUCGGACGUUGGAUGGACCUAAAUAAGCCAUGGAUAAAAAUAGUUGGUAAUGUACUGAGCUCUCCACAUUUAUUCGCGCCCCAUGCUGUCAAUAAUUCUCCCACGACGCUUCACCAGGCUGGAGCGUGCAUUGUUGACCCAUCUUAUUGAAAUUAAUUCAAUAGAAUCUUUGUAUGAUCUCUGCUAACCCUAAAGGGGUUCUUAGGAUUUAGAUCAAGGCUCUGAGAAAGCCACAGAAGAAGGUGGAUUUUUGUGUCUGGUGAGCUACCGAUAGAGUCCACCAGAUUUGUUUAUUUAAAACACCCCUGGUACUAAUAACAAUCUCAUAGACUCAGACAAGGUUCCCCCAGCAUCACAGGUCCUCCACUGUACCUAACAGUUUGCGUGAGGUGCUUUUUUCCACACAUUCAUGCGGUGCUUCCAGUCGAACCUAACUGAAGUGAUGUUGCCCACAAGACCCACCUUUAACCUCAUAUGAUCCAAACACACGACUGCAGUUACAGCCACAGCAGCAUUUUUUUAAAACCCCGCACACUUUCUUUUUACUUUCCACUCCCGAUCAACGGGAUGCAUUUAAAUAUCAGCCCGUCUUUGUUAUGGAGGCUCUGUGGUCCCAAGAUGACACUCUGCAUAAGUUGUCUAACAGUAGGGCUUGGAGAAUAAUCAUAAAAUCUGUAAUUCCCUGACAUCACAAGGUAAAUAAACUUCUGCCUUACUUGAAUGGCAUGUUCUUUUGUCUUUCCUGUUUUGAAGAGUACCUUGCAGAAACUGGAUCCCAGGAAACAGGAACUAAAGGAUUACUCAUUGAAGGUUCCUAGAAUCUUCUUUUUAAAAGAAAUGUUAAAAGGCUUUAGUUGCAUUUAAUUCAAUUUGUGCUUUUCUUUUCUUCUUCCCUGCUGAAUUGAUUUACCAAAAAUUACAACUUGGAUUUCCCUAAAAAUGUCUUUCAGAUUGUGCGGCUGCAAUAGAAGAUAUCAUUUAUUUAAAGUCUUGCCUUUUUCUGGGCACAAGUGCGCACAACCGGGUGUAAGUGGUAGAAAAACGAUUUUCUUUCCUUCAGUUUUGGUUGUAAACACUUUUUAGGGCUCAUUUGAAAUGCUAAUUUAAGGACAGGCGCAGGAUCCUUAUGUUACCUUUAGUUUUACCCUUUUUUGCAUUGGAUAGUUUUUAUUCUCUUCUUUGUAUUUUGGCAUUCGUGUCUAUUGAAUAUAUAAAACAAACUGAUGUUAUAAAUACACCAUGUAUUAAAACCAUGUUUGCUAAGCACAUCCCCUGAAGAGACGAGUACUCGAGCACUGAUCAGCUACCGAGAGGCUCAGUGACCUUAUUUCAGAGCACUAAACUCAAGGUGAACACACCGGUGUGGCUUUGUUUCGUUUGUCAGUGCUGGUUCUGGGCGCUUCUGGCAGACUGCACAGGUCCGAUGCCAAAUGCAACCACUGCAUAGUUUGGAGAGACCCGACGAACACCUGGAAAGCCUUUCCAGGUUGUCUCACUUGUAGAUGGGAUGAGUAUGGAGAAGGUUAUGUCCCAAACUGUGUCAGAUGGCGACACUAGACGCAAAGAUGUUCAGUGCAACAAUGUUCAACACCUUUAUAAAAAGGACGAUGGAGUCAGGAAUCACGGCUCUGUAAGGGCUACUACGUAUGAGUCUGAGCUUUACCUUCUGUUUGUCCAGGCUGCUGAUCUCUGCGUGCCUCCUUGCCUCUGUUAGACGCAUACUUUUUAGACUAAAUGCAAAAAAGCGAUUACUUUUCUUUUCCUUCCGUGCAGCAUGAACUGUCUUCACGCACUGUUGGUGAAAGAAGAACAAGGGUGGCUCGUAUUGAACUAAAAUAAAAGUGCUAUGGUUGAGGCUUAAAUGUGCUUUGUGAGCCUGUACUAUUGUAAAACCAGAGGAAAAAAAUUUUGUUUUUUUUAAGAGUUAAAGCACACUUAUUUUGUAGUUUUGCACAUGUUUUGUUAAGAGUUGUUGUAAAAGCAUCAUUGCACACAUCUGAUUCUCUGUGUUGCAUAAAAUGUGUUAAAUAGAAGCAAAGUAACCUGAGGCAUGCGUAAAUACUUAUCUAUUAAUAGAAGAACAAUACACAGCGUUUUAUGAAUUUCUCACUAUAUUCCUAAUGUCUUACAAAGGGGGUUGUUGUUUUUCUAUCUCUAAUGUCUUUUUAAUCCCUGUUUGCAUGUUACGCCAUGUCUGUGCACACUGAGAAUGAUUUUUUCCUGAACUAACACAAAGAAUAAUUGGGCAGUACUUUCCUUCACAUUUCACGCAACAACAAAUUGAAAUAAACAUUUAUACUUAAA